UGUGCCGAUCAGAGAUUUGCCAAGAGUCGGAUCAUAUACACGGAAAAAAAUGGAAACUAAAGGUGACCAAUUUGGAAGACGAAUGGUAGGUAAAUUUAACUGGGUAAAUGUUUAUUUAAACUCACUAAAAGUUGUGAUGUUGAAAUUAUCAUAAAACUUGUUCACUAAGUAACAAAACAUGCGACAAGGUGUAUUUUUCCCCGAUGUUAGUUUCUUAUGCAUUCUGCGGUUAGCUCUCGGAAAAUCACUUGGCUGUCCACAAAGGAAAUCCAGUAGCAAUGCAUUUAGAUAUUUGAGUGUUCUUUUUGCAUCUUGCGGUGAAAGGUUGAGAUGAGUGAUUCCGUAGAGAAGUUAGUAGAAAUAACAAGACGGAGCGAUAUGCAUAUUCUGACAUUUAGGGAACAGCUAAUGCAUGCAUGAUUUUUUUUUGUUUUGUUUUGUUUUCCUGAAGUCUUUCCCACAAGAUAACGCUGGCCAUUCAGUGUUUCCACGAAAACCGCGGAAUCUCAGCGUAGGGUCAAAUAAUAACAUCGAAGAGGAGAACAAAGUCAUCAGAGCAGCUGUGCUGGGCAAAGAUGGCGUUGGAAAAACCGGUGAGUGGAGAGCCUUUCAUGUAUUACAAUAAAACCGCGACCUUACGAGGCCUGUCGCACGCGCCUGCAAUUGAGGGAUUAUCACCAAACUUCUCUUGGAGCUGACACGGCCCGGCAAUAAAAUGGUUUGAGAGAGCCUCUGGCUAUCACGCACUAGUUGCCGCAUGCAAGAGACAGGCAUUCAAGUAAGUUCUACCAGGAUAAAACGAAAUGUCAUGAUAAAAUCAAACGGAGGCUUCUUUACUAAGAUUUUGUCACCGGAUGUUAAAAACAUUAACAGCGUUGUAAGAGACUAUUUAAUGCCAAAAUAUCCUAAAAUAAGUCAGGUAGAGAUUUUCUCUAUAUGUGCACUGAAAAAGAUGUCAUUACUAAGAAACUUUAGAGCGGAGGAAUAUUGACUGCUCGUCAAUCCUGAAAAUAUUACUCGAAUUUUGUUGCUAGUUUGUUGUUUGCAGUAGAUUUUCAUGUAUGCCAUACGCCUUUCUUUUCAAAUUACCCCAAUGUUUGGCGUUUUUCUUCCCUAACAAAAUAUAGUUUCAAGAUUUUAACCUUUGAAAAACACGAAACACACUCGUUUGUAGCUCUACUACACAACAGUUGAGAACGAUAAAAAAGUUUGCGUGAGUACAGCAUCUUCUCGCAGCAGGGAACCGACCAUCUUUAGUGAAACCCACUCCACUCACUCAUCAAGUUUCCAUUUCUAAACUUCAACAUAUUGACUUUUGGUAGGCGCAACAAUGCUUAUCGUCAGUAAUCAGAUUUCUUUUAUAUCCUUCCGGCGUUUCGUGGUAAAGCUGUGACCAAAAAUAUCUAUGUACAAAUUCUUAAGAAAUGUAAGGUGACAUGAAAUAAAUUAAUCUUUGGACUCUCUUUGAUGGGACGACAAUUAUUCCGUGUUUUCGUACUCAAAAGUUACAUUCAUAAUUUUAUUUUAAGCUCUCCAAAACGCCAUUGUACAGUUCAGCGAAGCGUCAAGCCGCUCUGUUAUGCUCCCGAUUUUUCAUGAUUUCCCGAUGACCCUUUAAAUGGGGGUUUGUUUGUAAACUGAUAAAACUUCCAAAACAAUACUGUCGAAAACAAACACCUUGCUGUACGGCGAAACCUUUUGAUGUUUAAUCUUUCAGUUUUGUCAUUUUGUGUUUUUUUAUUUGUCUUUUCCUAAUUAUAUUUACUUAAUUGUCUAGUUACUUUUGUACUUUUACGAUCACAAAUCAAUGUUGCCUAGUAGAAGUAAUUCUAACUGAUCUUUUACCUAGCUAGUUAACUCCUCAAACAUGAUACUUAUAGUUCCCUGGUGUGGUUGUUACACUGUCCGAGUUGCCUAGUGAAUUGGAGAUAGGUUGUUAUGUCGUGAUCAGACCCUACAGCUGACAUUUUUUUAACAAAUUCGUUUUUUCUGGAUAAUAUAUUGAUAUUCCAGGGUAACAUGAGCAGAGAUUAGUUGUUACUCAGUGCCACUGGUUAAAAUUAUCUUCUAGUUUCAUUCUCUUUUCCUUCUGCUAGCCUUCACUGUUCGUCUUCUGACACGUCGUUACAUUGGGGAGUACGACGGCACAUUAGGUAAGUUGAUAAACACGAUAAAUACUACCUCACUGUAACAGCUAGUGACUAAAUCAAUAACGUUCUCUAUUCUUGAAUCUCUAUAAGAAUCAUUUUAUGAACAACAAUCGAUUUUCACUUGGAAUGUUUUUUAAAAUAUUUAAAUAAUUUCAGAGGGGCGACACUUGUUUACGAGUUAGUAGAAAAAUUACAGCACGUAGGCGGAAAAUUCUGAUCUGUACCUUUCUCUCAAAUAACAAUUUAUUUCUGAGUCACCCACUUAUCAACAGAAGCACAGAGAUAAAUCUAAACCUUUUGAUACAAAGUUCACGCAAUUAGUGCAGAUUUUAAGCAGUAACAGACGUACAAAAUACCUUCAACUUUUCGGUACAAAUUUUAAAAACUUCAAAGAAAGAAUACUACUCGACUUCGAGAAAACAUUUCAACAGGGUUCGAGAAAUUUCAAACAUUGGCUUUGCUACCAGAAUGUACCGCUAACUAAACAACAUUGCGUUCGUUCACGUAUAAAAGCAUAAACCUGACUAACUCACUAACAGACUGAAAAGAUGAGGAUCGCGCAAGGUGUUAUCUUAGGAAGGCAUUUAAUUAGUUUUGAAUUAGCGUAAACAGUAAAAGAAUUCCUCAAAUUUUUUUUAAACCACAGAGAGCUGGUAUCAGCAUCGCGUUGAUAUAGAAGGACAAGAGGUCUUAUUUCAUGUCUUUGACACAGCUGGCAAGGUAUCAACCCUUUCCUUGUUACUUAUCUUUUUUUGCAAUCCUGUAUCAGGUGCAUGACUUUCGAUGUUGAAGAUUUCAUCGAUUUCGGGGAAUUAUAGUUCGUGAUGUCUCUGAUCUCUCCACAAUUUUUAUUUAUUGGUUCGUGUAAAGCUUUAUCUGGAUAUUGUAACAGUUAUUUAGUGAUAACAGCACAACAUGAAGGCGUACAAUUCAAGAUGUCUGCAAUUAAUUAUUAAUUCAACUGCUGUAAACAACCAGUUUUGUCAAGUAAAUUAUCAUUGCACUCUCAAUUAGGAUUGACCUUUUCUUUUGCGAUGAGCAGAACGAAGUGACAUUUCUAUUAGUAAGCAAGAGUAAUUUAACUUGUUAAUGACUCCAAUAUUAGUUGUGAAGGAACAUCUCCAUCUACAUUCCAGUCUUGCAGUAAUGAUAUGGCAAAGGCUAUUAAUAGCUUUCACGGACAAUCAAUUUGACUACGCAUGUGCAUACAUUUAACGCUCGGAAUCCAUGACAGUAUCUGAGCAACUGCUCACCUAUCCCUCCCCUCACCCGGCAACAGUCGAUUGAUGACAAGUUAGGGUUAAUGUUGGGUUAAGGGAGGGGUAGGUCCGCAGUUGCUCAGAUACUGAAAUUGAUCCAAGACUUGGAUAACGAUGGGUACAAUCCUGGCAAUUGCAUAUUAAUACACAGAUAAGUCGAAAUCGAACUUUUGACAAGGAUUCGAAAUCCAGUGCAAAUCACAAGCCGCCUUCAAGCCCCUUUACUUCUUCAUCUGAUCACUUUUCAUCUUUUAACUCUGAAUAUUGAAGACUAGGAAUUGAACCUCAGAGGUCCUUUAGGAAAUCGUGUUCGUGUGACAGGGCCCAUUUUUUGUUUCGACGGCCCAUAAGCGCUAGCCCAAGGCUAAAUUUUAAUCCGGGUUUCCUUAACUCCUUUGUUCAAAAGCCUGUUUGGGAUGAUUUUCUCUGUUCUCAUUAAAGCUUCCAAUCACAACACUGUAGACAAAAGAAAUUCAGCUUUAUUUUCUUUGAAAGCAUUCAGAUCUGACAUCAAAUUUCGCACUUAUCUUGGGUUAUCUUCACCCAGCUUUGAACAAUCAGGCCCUGCAAUUUUCUAAAAUUUACCAAUUUCAAAAUUUUACACCUCCCUCUCCCUCCUUAACGUCUAACAGUUUUAUUUUUAAUAUAAUAUUUCAGAAUUGCAAAGAAAAAAUUGAUACCUGUGCAUCAUUGGACAUCAUAUUCGUAGUUUACUCCAUCACUGAUCGCUCAUCGUUCCAAGAGGCCACCCUCAUCAUCAAAUAUCUACACGAAACAAAGAAUAUUCCCUCGUCAGCGAUUUUUCUAAUAGCAACGAAAGCAGACCAGAAACGACACACAGAGGUGACAGAAUUUGAGGGAAAACUUUUCGCCGUAAACAUGGGUUGUUCAUUCCAUCAGCUAUCAAAUUCUGAAGAUUUUGCUGAGCACAGCAAGAUAUUGAAACAAACUUAUCUAAGAGUAUCCCUUGGACAUGUACAAAAGACGCCCAAGUCUCCACUGAUGAGGAGAUUGAAAGGAGGUUUCAAAAACAAGGGACAAACUGUCAUUACAGAACACAGGUACCGAUCAGGAAGUGUCGAAUUUUAGAGGCAGUCAGUUUCCAAUGAAAACAGUUCGCGUAAAAGACCAAGCUGAGAGACGGAUCCUUACAAAAUCAUUCCUUUUCAAGGAGACUCAAAAACAUCCUAAUAUUUCUAGCAACCAAUUGUUUGAUGAAAGGUUACGAGCAUAUUUCCUUUCUCUUUUAAUUUUCGCUUUAUUUGAAAAAGCUUCUCACAAAUUUCUAAUCAUUACUCAUAAACUGACUCUUAUUUAGUUAGCGGCCAAAAAGUAAACAUAGUGGUAUUUCUAACAGUUUGUAGUUCUGCUAUGGUUGUAUUCUAUGUCACAAAUAUGAUCAGUCACGUAGGGUCUGCAGCAAUUGGAAAUUUGUUUGAUACCAUUUUCAGGAAAGUGAUGAUAACAAAAGAAUCCUAUGAAACCAUUUUGAACCUACUAAAAGUAUUCUUAGAUCAAUUCCGUUUUUGGGGGAUUUCAGCAGGGUCCAGAAAUACUCAAUCACAUGUCAGGAACUUUUUGGCACGUGGAGAUCCAGUGCCGCGUGUG